AUGUACCUUCCGCCAGAGCUCUUGACGCUAUUAUUUCUAGCGAACGCCGCAGCAGCUGUCCCUCAGACCUCUUUCUUACCCAACGUCACCGAGAUUGCUCCCACCCAACAGUCGACCGUAUCGAUCGCGGCGCAGAUAACAGAACCGUCCGAUGCCACUGCUACCGAGAGUUCUGUAGAUCGGGUCGACGUGAAGGUCGAAGUGUGUACUCUCGACGCCAGCAGCUGUUGUUCUAUCGAUCCGGGUAGUUGUGGUGGCUUGCAAUGGAUUGUUCUUCCGUCUGCCACAGGUUGGGGACUGACGGGUCCAGCUACCGAUCGCCUCGUGACACUUACUCCGACCGCCACGACUGUCACGACGACUCGGCCGACCAUCCUCAACCUCGAGACCAACGUCCUCGUAUGGGGGACCGAACAAGAAAGCGAGGGCAGUGCUGGACAGCCGGGCCUCAUCAUAGGACCGAGCACAGUCAGGGCUUCGAACACGAUGGGAGAAGAACCCGGUGCUACAGGAUCGGCGCAACAGCAGAUAGAGCAGAACAGUCUCCUACUGCAGAUAGUCUCUCAGAUUGGGCGCGCACCAUCGAAUGUGCAGCCAGCUCAACCCGCAUCUCCUGCGACAGAAAACCCUGGUCAAACUGUAGCGCCCAUCGAUAACCAUAAUGGAGGUGAUAGUGCGCUUGCCCAGCCAGCAACCACUCCCGACUCUGGCAUGGCGAGCAAUACGGACAUGAUAUCUCCACCACAAACAGCGCCAGCAGUAGCCAUUGGCGAAUUUGUAUAUGGAACACAGACGUUAACGCUUACGGCUGGUCUUAGCACCAACAUCGGGAGCAACUUCUUCCCUACCUUUGUAGGAUUAACGACUGACGCCGAAGGUAACACUUUGGUCUCGGUCUUUUCGGACGGAACUGCUGUCAUUGCCACUGUGCGUGUUGCGCCUACUACAAUGGUUGUACCAAGAUCUGGCUUCGAAGCAAGUACCACUGAUGCUGCAAAUCCUGGUGAGCAAACUGGCGGUUUGGCUACUACCUCCAGCAAGGAGGCUGGAGCCGGGAGGAGGCGUAAACUGGAGUGGUGGAUGGGUGUCGUUUUGGGCGCACUUAGCUUCGGAGCGAUAUUCUAG